AUGAUUGGCAGUCUUGAUUUUGACCAAUUAAUUCAGUAUUUACAACUUGGAAGAUGUACAGCGAAGGAAGUGUUGCGAACGUAUCAGGAAAGGGCAAUCAACGCACAUCGUAAAACAAACUGCAUUGUAACUUUCAUUACUGAAUCCGAAAAAUGGGCAGAAGAGUUGGAUAAAAAAGCAGAAAAUAAAAAUUACCAAAAGCCACCGCUUUUUGGUAUACCAAUCAGUGUGAAAGAAAAUAUCAAAGUAAAAGGUUAUGCACAAACGAAAGGAUUUAUACAUAAUGUAAAGAAUAUAGCUGAUGAAGACUCCAUGCUUGUCCAGCAAAUUAAGGAGCUUGGUGCUAUACCAUUUGUGUUGACAAACGUACCACAAAGUCUGUUAUCGUUUUCAUGUGUAAAUCCGAUUUAUGGUACAACAACAAAUCCGUACAAAUCAACAAGAACAUGCGGAGGAUCAAGUGGUGGUGAAGCUGCACUAAUUAGUUUAGGAGGUUCCAUCAUCGGUAUUGGUAGUGAUGUUGGUGGAUCUAUUCGCUAUCCAUGCCAUUUUUGUGGUAUAGCCGGUUUAAAGUCAUCGCAUUUACGGUUUUCCUAUCAAGGCAUCCUUCCUUCGAUACCCGGUCAUCCACUGAUCGAUGUCUCGUGUGGUCCAAUGGCAAUGCAUGCCACUGAAUUGGUCACUUUCCUGCGUAUUAUUUGGUCAGGAAAAUGGAUUUCGCGUCAUGAUCCAUACACUGUACAAAUAGACUGGGAUGAGAAACAGUUCAGUCGGAAGGAACCAUUAAGAAUAGGUUACUAUGAUAACGACGGAUGGUUCAUGCCUACUCCUGCUUUACAACGAGCAGUACACGAUGCAGUAUCUAUACUUGAAGGCUGUGGACAUAUAAUGGUGAAAUUUGAACCACCGAACAUCCCCGAGGCUUUCAGAUAUUUUAUUGGGGCUCUGUUCGUUGACGGUGGCAAAUACCUGCUGGAUAAUUUCAAUAAAGAUCUCAUAGCUGAAGGUUUCGAAAUUAUGAUAUGUAUUCUUCGCACACCUGGAAUAUUGAAGCGAGUUCUUGGAAAGUUGCUCACCCCAAUAUAUCCUCGCAUUGGCCAGUUCUUGUGUUCUUCAUCUUUGAAUACAUCAGAACUGCGUCAAACCUAUGAAAAUAUUGAAGCAUAUCGAGAACUUUACAUAAAGCGCAUGCGAGAAUUGAGUAUCGAUGCACUUAUUUGUCCAAUACAAGUACUGCCCGCAGUUGAACACCAUAUCGCUGGACAGUUAGCCUCAACCACAUCCUACUGCGGAAUUUUUAAUCUUCUCGACUUUCCUGCUGGCACUGUGUAUAUCACCAAAGUGAAUGAAGAUGAUGAGAAGAAACUCGAUGUUUAUCCGGAAAGUGAUAUAUGGUACAAAACUGCAAAGCAGGCAACAAAGGGAUCUAUCGGAUUACCUGUUGGUGUUCAAAUUGCAGCCCCUCCGUACCAUGAUGAAACUGUCCUCAGAAUAAUGUGUGACAUUGAACGAUGUUUAGGAAUAUCCAGUGAUUAA